UCAAUCUAGCUAGGCAUCCUGGCAUCGACACGAAAUUGUUCCCAUAACGAAAACAUAUUUAUUUAGUUUGCCCAAAAUAUGUUUGUUCUUUUUUAUUUUACCGUUGGUGAACCUGGUAUAGGGACUAGUUCAGUUAAGAGUCCAAUUCUGACAGACGAUGAAAAAGAAGACGUGAUUUCAACAGUACAAGAAAUAUGGGUUAGAGAAAGAACCAAACAAGUGAUCAGGUGGCCCAAAGAUUUCAACUCAGCAAUCUGCGAAAGAGUUUAUGAGAAAAACAAUCUUGUUGAUUGUGAUCACAGACCUGGAGUUGCUGUGGCAAUAUCGAGUAACCAAGAAAACCUGCUUCAACUCAGACAACAGCUCAUUCUUGAUAAAUCUUCAGCAAAGAAGAAUGCAAAUGAGCUACGUGGCACAAAACAGAAGACAAGAAGGAGUCUUGUGUAUCCUGAAGGCGACAACACUCAAGAAGCAUCAUUUCCAGAAGUAGCUAAGAAAAGCAAACCCAACCCUGCAGAAAAACAACUUGCUAAAGUAAAACAUUUGUCUUUAAUGUUUUUACGUGUCAUCCUGCCAUUUUGUGCUCUUUUGAUUGUCACGUGUUUCAAUUCCUCUCAUGCCGCGGAAAUUCUUAAACGUACGUAA